GGCAAAUAUGAGAUCAUCCGCCUUUUGAUAACCUGGACGACAACUCCUGUCAAACCCAUCUUCUUCCUCGCUCAUCGCUACUUUCAAUCGAAUUCAAAUCGACCGUCUUCAACUUCGGUUUAAUCGAAUUAAUACCAAUCGAAUUUUUCUGAAGCAAAUCAGUUAACAAUGGAUGAUAGCAGGCAAACCCUAGCAGUAGAUUGUCUGUACAACACAGUGAUGGAGGAAAUACUGCCAAGACUCCAGGUAAAAUCCCUAAUUCGUUUCAAAUCUGUUUGCAAGGAUUGGCUGUUUACUAUUUCUAAAGGUUCAUUUGCAAAAUCCCAGAUUAAAUUAUGUAUCCCCUCCCAUCAAAUUAUCGUGUUAACCACUAGUCCGAUUGAAUCCAUUAAACAACUUAAUUCCUUUUACUUGUUAAACCGCGAUGAUGAACCCAGCGACCACCUGAAACAGUUGAUGAAUUUAGAUGAUGAUGAUUUCCAUAAUAAUGUUCUAGACCUACUCAUAGUGGGUACUUGUAAAGGUCUUGUAUGCUUGUAUUUCCGAGGAAAAUGUGGUUUCUGCCGUAUUUGGAAUCCUGCUACGAAUCAAUAUCGCGAUAUUGUUAAUCCAGAUGAUCAUCAAGGAUGGGGGGUUCAAUCUCAUGGGUUCGGAUAUGUAUCUUCUACUGAUGAUUACAAGAUUGUUUCUUGGUCUACAAGUAUUAAGGACUCUAUAAAACGUCUUUAUGUUUUUUCGUUGAAAGCUGGUAAUUGGAAAAGUGUUUCUAGCCUUUUUAAAAUGCGAAUGCCUGAUGGUAUUGAAAAAUCUGUGUUGGUUGAUGAGAGUGUAUUUUGGAUUGUCAGAAAGGGGGAAUUUUGGUGUAAUGUGCAACACAUUCUUUGCUUUGAUUUGGGUACCGAAAAAUUUAAAGAAAUCCCAUGGAUGGAUUCGAUGAAUGCUAGAUAUGACACUACCAUCAAACUUUCUGCAAUCAAUGGAUAUUUGUCAUUCAUUUGUCCCUGUAGAAGUAUAACUAAGGAUGUGGAUGUUUGGAUGUUGAAACAAUCUGGGAAUUGUGAUUCCAUGGAGAAACUAUUCUCUUUAAGUUUAAGUAGAGGUAUGUCUUUGAUUACCAUCUUUGAGAAUGGUAAGUGUUUGGUCCGAUAUGAAAACAACAAGGUAAAAGUAAAUCUGGUCAAUAUAAUUGAUCCAAUUCAUGGAGCUCUUGAACAAAUUCAAUCAAGUAUUGAAUUUCCUGAAAUUGUAAAAAUGGCAUGUGAUUAUGUUGGGAGUCUUAUUUCACCUUUUGGAGAAGAUGAAGUGAACAAUGAAGAAGUCAUGCACAAGUACAAAAAGGCCAAGUAAUGUUCCCUUUUAAAACUACUAUAUCAUCAUUUUUUUUUUUUUGGUUCUACUACAAGGAGUUCCCACCGCCUUCGGCGAGGUAAUCUCCCGUGGGAGUUUGCAUGGGUACCUCGAUGGGCAGCAUCCCUCCCAGUUGAGAUUUUUUCCAUUCCCAAGGCUCGAACCCGAGACCUUGAUUAAGGAGCAAGAGACCCUUAACCACUCAUGCCAACCUCAAUUGCGAAAACAGAAUUCUUUUAAGACAGCAGCAACUGAAGAGGAAGAAGAAGAAAGAUGGUAAAGGUGGGCAGAAAAAGAAGAAGAAGAAGAAGAAAGAAGAGAUGAUUUCUAACAUGGGCUGAACUUAUGGCUUUGCAGCUAGAUUUGGUAUGUGUACAGCUUACAGGGCUGAACUUAUAGCAGCAUUAGUAGGUCUUGAAUUAGCAAGAAACAUGGGUAUACAGAGGCUAGUCUUACAAAUGGAUAAUCAAGCUUGCAUUGAAGCAUUGAAGAAUGAAGACCAUCAAGGAGGCGAGUGUUACCAUAUUCUGAAAAAUUGCCGGAACUUAAUAAUUUUCUUCGGGAAGUUCAACUCAUUCAUUGUUAUCGUGAAGGAAAUAGAGUAGCGGAUAGUCUUGCAAAUGUUGGUGUCUUUCAAGAAGAACGAGUAGUGUAUUUCGACGAACCACCACGUCAAAUCACUAAUCUCCUCCGGGAAGAUAUAAGACCAUUGUUAACCAUGUGCGAAAAAAAUCACCAUCCCUCUCUCUCUACCCACUUUCUCACUCAUCAUUUUUUAUUUUUCCCAUUAGCAAAAAAAAAAAGCCCAUCCCUCUCUUAUCUAUGAGCAAAAAAAAAAAAACUCCUCACCCCUCUUUCUCUACCCCUACUUCUCUCUAAUAACAACAAUAAUAAAAAAUUAGAAAAUGAGUAUUUAAGUUUUUUGUACAUAUAGUUGUAAAUAAGCAAAUUAGAGAAAGAAAUGGAAAAAAAAAAAUUGUGUUAAAUUAUAUAAAAAUGGAUGCCUAUUUGUAGAUCUUAAAUUUUUAUGAAUGAUGGUAAAUUUAUUUUAUUUUUUUAUGAAUCAGAAAUAUAAAUAAAUUUCCAUUUAAAACUUAUCUUUA